AUGCAAAACCUGAUUCCAUCUACACCAAUGCCGCCUUACUUUCAGUGGGUGAUUGAUAAUUUAUUAGCCAUAAGUGCUCACCCUUAUCAUGCUAGUCAUAUAAAGUAUCUGUUAGAACACAAAAUUCAAACAAUAAUAAGCGUAUCUGACAAUCAAGCACACGUUCCACCACAUCAGUCUCGUGGUGAACUUCAUGUUCUUCACAUGGAUGUGCCUGAUGGUGGUGCACCAACAACUGAGCAAAUUCAACAGUUUGUUAACAGAAUGGACGUGGCUAAACAACGAAAUGAGGGUAUUGUUGUUGAAUGUAUUCGUGGCAAAGGCGCAGCUGCCGUUUUAGUAGGAUGUUAUUUAAUGAAAAUCUGGCAGUCUCCACCUGAUUAUGUUGUCAAUCAAUUACGUCUUAUGCGCCCAAUAGCGUUAGAAACACCUAUACAAGAACAAACACUUAUUGAUUAUCAUAAAAUAAUCUCACCAAGAUUUUAUCAAUAUUAUGCUGAGGUUGAUAUGCCCCAUUCAUGGGAUAUCGAUACAUCUUAUUUACGCACAACAAAUUUGGCUACAACAAAACAAUUAUCAUUAGCGUGA